CAACAGUCAACGGAAAAGCUGUCAGCGAUAGCGUGAAAUGUGAGGUUAGGGUAGUGACGAAACAAAAACAAUGGAAAAACUCUGGAUUUUCACAAUUUUCCUGCUUUUUCACACAAAUGGCUAUCUGUGCGCCGACAAUCCGUGCCAUCACAUCCUGGCCAACACCGACGUGGUGGAUAUGACGACGCUAAAGAGUCAAAAAUUCGUCGCAUAUGCGCCUAAUCAAACCUACGUCUUCAGCAUCUGUGAAGAUUCCACGAAAUUCCCUUCAGACAAAUUCGUGGAAGAUAACAAUCCCUGCAUAAAAGAUGGUGGGUACUCUUUGUGCUUGUACAACAGUACAUCCCCGAAGGAUUCUCUCAAGUUGGCCAAAACAUCCGAAUGGAAGUGGAGUGAGAGUGAGGGUGAUCAUCUUGCCCUUACGGCAUCUUUCAAUAAAUCACAAUUGCGCAUUCAACUCUCGUGCUUGUCAUCAGUGCACGAGUCUACAUAUUUCAUGGCAUGCCCGGCUGCUAAUCAAUCAGGUGCAACUGUACUAGAAUUUCACCUGUUUUCACCCCUGGCGUGCCCUCAAAAAGUCACCCAUAGCGAUGGCUUGAGCACAGGAUCUGUACUUAUGAUAAUCCUGCUAGUGGCAUUUCUCACAUACCUCACAAUUGGCAUUGUAGUCAAUUUAUUUGUGCUGGGAGCUCGUGGGGCAGAAGUCAUACCAAAUAUUCAAUUUUGGCGCAGUUUGCCAGGACUAGUCAUGGAUGGUGCAAGAUUCUUGCAGAAUGGCUGCAAAGUGAGACCAAGUGAUUUAGUUCAAGGUCGUGACACCUACGACUCCAUCUGAAUUCAGAGGCUUUUUCACCUUCAUCUCAUCUGCACAGACCCAUUAUAUCUUUUUUUGUGAAUAUCAACUGUUAUGUAAAAUGUAGUCUUUUCACAUCAAUAAAAGCGAAAAAAGGAGUGAAA